UGAGGUUUCGUGCUUUGCACCUAUGGCUAAAACAAGUGGGCGUAGCUUUAGCUGGACACCACCCCUCAAGUGAAGCUUCUGGUUAGUCCAGCUGGCCUUGUGCUUUCAUUCAGCUACCGCGAAGCAGCUAAGAAACAACGGCCAUCGUUUCAUCCGUCUAGGCUUCAGAGUCCAAUAUGCCUCUGUACCACCUUCGUCAGAAGCCUUUCUACCCUUUGGUUGCCCUUACAUUAGUCACGCUCGCCAUUACGUCCUACAAAUUUCCGAGUUCUGACAUCAUUUCAACUGAACGUUGUCCAAGACGUGGGGAUGCCAUAAUCAAAUCUGCUAGGCCUUUCAAGUACAUGUCUUCCCUCUGCAAUUGUAGAAGAGAAAUGGCCACGAUGGCAGAUCGUCUUCACACAGAUCAUGAUGCGUUCGACUGGUGCAGCCGGGAAUCGACCGUUCGCGGACCGAACCAGAAAAUCAUUUCCUACACGCUGUACGGUGGUGCAAAAAACGCGUCCAUCUUUAAUCGCUACUAUUCGCUGUUGAGAAACAUUUCGUUGACGGCGGAAAGGGAUUAUCCUGGUUGGAUCAUCCGCAUUUAUCACGAUAUCCCGGAUGGGAUAGGUCCAGCCAAAGAAGCGCACGAUCAGCUGUGCCAAGUGUAUUGCCAAUUUGAUCACGUCGAUUUGUGCAGCGUGCCUUUAUUAAUCGAACGCAUUGGCAAUGAGACGACACCGGUGGAUCCAGCUUCUUUUCGAGGACUCAAUCCGCGAAUGUUCCGCUAUUUGGUCAUGUUGGAUCCGAAUGCGGACGUCUUUAUUUCGAGGGAUGUCGACAGUCUCAUUUGGCCGAGAGAAGUGGACGCUGUGGAUGAAUGGCUGCGAUCCAACUACACGUUCCACGUCAUGAGAGAUCAUGCGAAUCAUCAGUCACUCAUGUUAGCAGGGAUGUGGGGAGUCAAAAUAUGGCAACGUAGAGAUCUCAUCGAAGGACUAAUGCGAGCGCUCAUUGUCUCUGGCCAGCAACAGAUUAAAUUUCAGGACCAAUUGUCGCUCGCUGAUAUCGUUUGGCCAGUUGCUAAAUACGAUGUGAUGGCCCAUGACACUUACGGAUGCCAAAACGAGCGGCUCGUCCGGUUGUCGCCGUUUAAAGUCCACCCGUUUCCCACCAAAGGUAAUGGCAGGUAUUACGGGGGAGCUGGACAUGAUUUGUAUCCAGACAAGUGCCCAGAAGCGUGUCGACCACCAGAUCACAAGGACUGGGAAUAUUGCUAGUUUGAAUGCCAAAUCACUUGGAAUAUGUUUCGAUAUAACUCGUGGUACAUUUUAUUCAUUGUUUGCAUUGAAAAAUUGGUGGUUGUGUUUCAAAUUCAAAAUACCAUUCACAGGCUCUAUGAAAAGUGAGUUUCACUG